AUGGCGCUCUCAGGUAGAUCUUUGGACACUUUGCAUCUUAUUUUAUUCGUUUUAUGGACUUUAUCGCGGCUCUCUUUAUCCAGUCAAGUUCGGCAGGAGUUUGAGGUUCUGGAGGAGCAGCCGCUGGGCACAUAUGUGGGCACCAUCGACACCAAACCCUCUUUUACUUACAGAUUCAGCGAACACCACAAACUUUUUUCCAUCAACGCCACGACGGGCGUUAUCUACACGUCCUCCGUGAUCGACAGAGAAUUUCUGCCUAGUAACAUCAUCAAUGUGGUGGUUCUGUCCAGUCAGCCCACUUACCCCACCGAGGUGCGCAUCGUGGUUUUGGAUAUUAACGACAACGCGCCGGUGUUUCCUGACGCGUCGAUCGUCGUGUCGUUCAAAGAAGACGCGAGCAGCGGGCGUCAGGUGAUUCUGGACACCGCGACAGACGCGGACAUCGGGAGUAACGGAGUGGAUCACACCACCUACCGAAUCGUCAGCGGGAACGAGCAGCGGAAGUUUCGCUUGGAUAUCACCGUCAAUCCGAGCGGAGAGGGCGCUUUUCUGCACUUGGUCUCCACAGGAGGACUGGACAGAGAAUUAACCCCCUCCUAUCAACUCCUCAUCCAAGUGGAAGACAAAGGAGAGCCUAAAAAGUUUGGGUUUCUGCAGGUAAACGUCACCAUUCAGGAUAUAAAUGACAACCCGCCUGCUUUUGACCAGGAUCAUUACCAGACCAGUGUGUUUGAGGACGCUGCCACUGGCUCUAGUGUUCUCCAAAUAACAGCCACAGAUCUGGACGAGGGUGCAAAUGCUGAUAUAACAUAUUUUUUAGAUGAAGGAACUCCUUUUCAGAUUGACCCUAAGGCUGGGACUGUGAUUAUAAAGGAGGGGUUGGAUUAUGAGACCAGGAAAGAGUAUUCCCUCACUAUCCAUGCAGUAGACAACGGCGUCCCCUCUCUCUCAGGCAGGUCAGAAGCAACUAUAAAACUGCUUGAUGUGAAUGACAAUGACCCCGUAGUUAAAUUUCGAUACUUCCCUACCACGUCCAAAUUCGCUUCAGUAGAUGAGAAUGCACAGGUGGGCACCGUAGUGGCAUUAUUGACAGUUUCCGAUUCAGAUUCGUCCACAGCUAAUGGUAAUAUUUCCGUUUCUAUACUUGGCGGAAACGAACAGAGACAUUUUGAUGUCCACAGUUCGCCCGUUCCUAAUCUGAGCUUAAUCAAAGUAGCCAGUGUGCUCGACCGAGAGCGAAUCUCCUCCUACAACCUCACCGUUUCAGUGUCAGAUAACGGCAGGCCUGUCGCUCGCUCCUCUUUUGCAAGUCUGGUUAUAUUUGUGAAUGAUAUUAAUGACCAUCCGCCCAUAUUUCAGGAAGCUGUGUAUAGAGUAGACAUCAGCGAGGACAUUCCUAAAGGCAGCUACAUUAAAGGGGUCUCAGCCACAGAUGGAGACUCCGGGCAGAACGCCAAUCUCCGCUACUCACUGGUGUCUGGAAACAGUUUGGGCUGGUUUGCCAUCAGUGAGAACAGCGGUUUGGUUACCAGCGCAGCAGAGCUCGAUAGGGAAAUAGCUUCUCAAAUAGUGCUGAAUAUCAGUGCCAAAGACCAAGGCCUGCAGCCGAAAAUCUCCUACACCAAAUUAAUAGUGAAUAUCACCGACAUUAACGACCAGGUCCCCACUUUCACUCAAAGCACAUAUCACAUUUCCUUAGUCGAGCAUUCACCGGCCGGAUCCGAGCUCGUGGUGCUGUCCGCCACAGAUUUAGAUCUCGGCGCCAACGGCACGCUCCGAUUCUCAUUUGACUCAGAAAACCCUGUGAGCAACCAGAAUAAGUUCAGGUUAGAUGCAAUAUCAGGCCGGUUGAGUACAGCCACAGAGUUAGACAGAGAAGAAGAGGGCUCCUAUCUGCUGCACAUCAAAGCCACAGAUGCAGGCAUGCCCCCCCUUUACUCCAUCUGCAAAGUCAAUAUCACACUGAUGGAUGUUAAUGAUAACAGCCCAGUGUUUUACCCCAUACAGUAUUUUGCCAAUAUUAAAGAAAAUGAGCCCUCUGGCUCAUUUGUGACUACUGUAACAGCUUCUGACCCUGACCUUGGCCGCAAUGGCACUGUAAAAUACGCCAUCACUGCUGGUGACUCUUACAAGUUUCACAUCAAUAGCAACUCUGGUAAAAUCACGACUCUAGUGCCACUCGAUAGAGAAGAGAAAACCACUUAUCAGCUGCAGGUCACUGCGACGGACGGAGGUGGAUUGCGCUCGAACACGCAAGCUAUAAUCACAGUCACUGUUGUAGACACACAAGAUAACCCGCCCGUGUUCAGUCAGAAAGAGUACAGCUUUGUUAUGUUUGAGAAUGUGGCCAUUGACACCAUUAUUGGCACCGUGUCGGCCACCACAGUAGAUCUGAACACAAAUAUCACUUAUCUGAUCGCAUCAGGAGACCAGCGCGGUCUGUUUGCUCUCAAAGGCAGCACAGGGCAGAUCACAGCUUCGGGUCUGAUAGACAGAGAAGAGCAGGCGUUUUACCAGCUCAGGGUGAUUGCAAGGGGUGGGGAGGUUACAGGGGAAGCAUUAGUUAAUAUCACAGUGAAGGAUUUGAAUGAUAAUGCACCUCAUUUCAUUCACAAUGUUGAGCAUGUCAGCGCUGUGGAGAACUGGGCCACCGGUCACCAAAUAUUCCAGGCUAAAGCUUCGGAUCCUGAUGAGGGGACCAAUGGUAUGGUCAAAUACAGCCUUAAACAGAACCCUAAAGGCUUGUUUCACAUCCACGAAAGACAUGGGUUGAUCACCCUCACUGGCCCCUUAGAAGUCACCACCAGCUCCUACCAGGUGGAGGUCAUGGCCUCUGACCUCGGUGUCCCUCAGCGCACCUCCAGCCUCAUUCUCACCAUCAGCGUGUACGACGUCAAUGACAACGCGCCAGUUUUUGACCAGCUCUCCUAUGAAGUCACCAUUCUGGAAUCCGAGCCAGUAAAUAGUCGUUUUUUUAAGGUGGAGGCCAGCGAUAAAGACUCAGGACUCAAUGGGGAAAUUGUGUAUGAUAUCGUUAGCGGUAACACAAAUGACGUUUUUGGGAUUUUCCCUGAUGGGCAGUUAUAUAUUAAGGCAGAUUUGGACAGAGAAGUACAAGAACGGUACAGUUUACUGGUGGUGGCCAAAGACAGAGCUGUCGAGCCGCUGAGCGCCAGCGUUAAUGUGACAAUUCUUCUCGACGAUGUCAACGACAACCGUCCGCUUUUCAACAGCACUAAUUAUGUGUUCCACUUCAAGGAAGAGCAGGAGCGAGGCUCUUUUGUCGGGCUGGUUUUCGCUGAGGAUAAAGACUUCGGGCCGAACAGUGAGGUACGUUACUCCUUUGAAACACCGCAGCCAAAUUUCGAGUUGAACGCCAUCUCGGGUGUGUUGACCAGCACACUACAGCUUGACCGCGAAUCACUCAUGAGACAGAGAGGUGCCGCGGUGUUCAGUUUCACAGUCAUAUCCUCUGAUCAGGGCCUUCCCAAGCCUCUCAAAGACCAGGCUAAAGUUCAAGUGUACAUACAGGACAUCAACGACAAUCCGCCGAAAUUCACCAAAGACAUUUACCAGGCCUCUAUCUCAGAAUCCGCCCAGAACAUGACGCAGCUGCUCCGAGUGUCUGCCUCAGAUGUAGAUGAAAAUAAAAAUGGCCUCGUUCGCUACGACAUCAUGGAGGGAAAUGAGGAGAAACAGUUUAGCAUUGACAGCACUUCAGGUCAAGUUACUCUAGUGGGAAAACUAGACUAUGAGACAACACCCUUUUACUCCCUCAAAAUUAUAACAGAAGAUUCUGGGAUUGUGCCUCUGUCAUCCACAUGUGUGUUGAGCAUAAGUGUCCUAGAUGAUAACGAUAACUCUCCAUCAUUUCACAAAUCAACUCUCACAGUGGAUGUGCUGGAGAACAUGCGGAUUGGAGAGCUGGUCGCCUCUGUAACCGCCACAGACUCUGACUCUGGAUCCAAUGCCGACAUCACAUACAGCAUCUCUGCCACAAACAACCAUGGCACUUUUAGCAUCAGUCCCAACACUGGCAGCAUUUUCCUGGUAAAAAAACUGGAUUACGAAACGCAGUCCAUAUACAAACUCAAUAUCACAGCCAAAGACAGCGGGAGGCCGCCCAGAUCUUCCUCCAUUCCGGUCAUCAUUCAAGUGAGAGAUUUUAAUGACAACCCUCCUGUAUUUACAGCAGGUGACAUUUUUAAGUCCAUCCCUGAAAACCUCCCGCUCUCCACCUCCGUCAUGACUAUAACAGCUCACGACACGGAUGCUGACAUCAACGGCCAGCUGGAGUACUCCAUCGUCAUGCAGACUCCUAGAGGAGGUCAUUUCCGCAUUGACCCCGCAUCUGGAGUUAUCUACACGAACAAGGAGAUUGACAGAGAGUUUUCCAACCUUUUUGAACUGACCCUCAAAGCAACGGACCAGGCCGUGCCAGUCGAGUUCCGCCGUUUUGCUCUGAAAAACGUUACCAUAUGGGUGACGGACCAAAAUGACAAUGUGCCAUUAUUUAUCUCCCAGAACGCCCUAGUGGCUGAAUCUAACAUAGUAAUCGGUUCUAUUCUGACAACAGUAGUGGCUUUUGACCCUGAUGAGGGUGCCAACGGAGAGGUGGAGUAUGAACUCGUAAGAGGAGAUUCGGACACAUUCAUCAUGGACCGCUACAGUGGAGAUAUCAGACUCGCCACUCAGCUCCUUCCCUCAAAACUCAUCUACAGUCUGACCGUAUCUGCUACAGAUCACGGCACGGACCGCAAGACCUCACGGACGGAGCUGACCAUCAUCCUUCAGGGUUCAGAUGGCCCGGUCUUCUCCCAACCCAAAUACAUCACUAUUCUAAAGGAGGGCCAACCGCCUGGAACCAAUGUCAUCUCUUUGGAUGCUUCCAGUCCACGUGGCACCGGCACCAAGGUGGAGUUUUUUAUUGUUUCAGUCCGGAGCGGAGGGAAGGCCGCAGGCCGGCUUUUCACCAUUGGCCGCCACUCUGGGAUGAUCCAAACAGCUGCAGAACUGGACAGGGAGCAAGGCUCGGACCUCUACUUGAUAGACGUGUACGCCAUCGAAGCCGAGGCCAGCCAGCCCAGAACGCAACAUGCUGAGGUUGAAAUCACUCUUCAGGAUGUGAAUGAUAACCCACCGGUCUUUCCCACCGACACACUGGACAUCACCAUCGAGGAGAACAUCAGCGACGGCUUCAGGAUCCUGCAGCUCACAGCCACAGACGCAGACAAGGGAGCGAACGCUCUGGUGACGUACUCCAUCAUCAGCGGCGCAGACGACUGCUUCCGCAUCGACCCGGAGUCCGGCGAGCUGACCAACACUCGGCGUCUGGACCGCGAGCGCAGAUCUGAGUACUCACUGCUGGUGCGAGCCGACGACGGCCAGCAGUCCUCCGACGUCCGGCUCAACAUCACCGUCAGCGACGUCAACGAUCACACGCCACACUUCUCCCGCAGCGUCUACUCCUUCGACAUCCCCGAGGACACCAGCGCAGGUUCGAUCGUGGCGGCGAUUCUGGCCAGUGACUCUGACUCGGGAUCAAACGGCGAGAUCACGUACUCUAUAGAAGAGGAUGAUGAGGACGCCACCUUCCUCCUGAACCCCGUCACCGGCGUCUUUAACGUCAGCCGAGCGCUGGACUACGAGUCUCAGCAGUACUUCAUCCUGACGGUCCAGGCCCGGGACGGAGGAGGUCUGUCCAGCUCUGUAAGGGUCUACUUCAAUCUUCUGGACGUCAAUGAUAACCCUCCGCGCUUCAGCAGCUCCGUCUACAGCAGCUCGGUCCUGGAGAGCGUGAGUCCUGGAGCGACCGUCCUGAGCCUGAGCGCCGCUGACGCCGACGACGGGCCGAAUGCGGAGCUGCAUUACACCAUCGCUUCAGGAGACCCUCAGUCACAGUUCAGUGUCACAAACACCGGCGUCUUACAGACCAGGACAGCUCUGGACCGAGAGACGCAGUCGUUUUAUAAUCUGGUCAUCACCGUGAACGACCUGGCUCCGUCUCCCAUGAGCCGCUUCACCAGCACCGCACAGGUGUCCAUCAUCCUCCUGGACGUCAACGACUGCCCCCCCACAUUCACAUCGCAAACGACGGCGUAUAUUCAAGAGAACACGCCGGUGGAUACGCUGGUGUUCAAAGCGCAAGCGAGCGACGCCGACAGCGGCCCCAACAGCUACGUGGAGUAUUCCCUCAAAGGGCCGUUUGGGAAUAAAUUCAGCAUCGGGAACAUCGACGGCGGCGUGACUCUGGUGGGCGAACUGGACCGCGAGGAGAUGGCCAAUUACUCGCUGACCAUCGUGGCCACGGAUAAAGGCGAGCCGCCGCUUUCCUCCAGCAUGGAGGUCACUAUGAUCGUGUUGGACGUGAACGACAACACGCCAAGCUUCUCGCAGAACAUCUACGACAUCGAGAUCGAGGAGAACACGCUCAGUGGCACCGACGUCCUGCAGGUGUUCGCCAGCGACGCCGACGAGGGAACCAACGGCCAGGUGCGCUUCUCCAUCGCCGGCGGGAACAUCAACUCAGACUUCCGGAUCGACUCGGUGACGGGAGUGAUUUCUGUGGCAAAGCUGCUGGAUCGUGAGACGCGCUCUGCGUAUUCUCUGCUGGUGCAGGCGGCGGAUCGGGGCAGCAGUCCUCGAGUGGAUCGUGCCACCAUUAACAUCGUGCUUUUGGACGUAAACGACUGUGCGCCUGUGUUUGAGCUCUCACCGUACAGCGUCAGCGUACAAGAGAACUUAGGAAACCUGCCCAAAAACAUCCUACAGGUGCUGGCCCGUGAUGAUGAUCUGGGCUCUAAUGGUCAGAUCAGUUAUUCCCUGAGCAGCGGGAACGAGGCGGUAGCGUUCAGCCUCACAUCCAGCGGUCAGCUGAACCUGAUCCGAACGCUGGACCGGGAAACUCAGGACAAAUACACACUCAUCGUCACGGCACACGACGCUGGAACGCCAUCUUUGAGCAGUUCUGGUACUGUGAUGGUGCUGGUUGGUGAUGAGAAUGAUAAUAUUCCAUCAUUCAGCUCAAUGUCUUUCCACACAACCAUUCCUGAAAAUGCGCCCACUGGAACGGAUGUCCUAUUGCUCAACAGCUCAGAUUCAGACGUGGGACUCAAUGGAGUGAUCAGUUACAGUCUCAGUGGUGGGGAUGGUCAGUUCUCCAUCAACCCAUCCACAGGCCUGAUAAUCACCAGCUCUUUGCUGGACCGAGAGGCACGGGCGAGUUACCAGCUGCUGGUGGUGGCCAUGGACGGUGGACAGCCCACUCCACUCUCCAGCUCUGCCACAGUGUCUGUGGUUGUGGCUGACGUCAACGAUAACCCUCCAAGGUUUCACCAUCAUCCAUAUGUUACGCACAUACCUGCUUCUACUUCCACAGGCUCACUGGUCUUUGCCGUCACAGUAACAGAUGAAGAUUCUGGCUCAAAUGCCCAACUUCACUAUUCGCUCACCGGACGUAAUUCAGAAAAGUUCAAGAUAGACCCAAUCAGAGGCGCCAUCACUGCUAAUGAAAAACUCACUGGGAGUUCAGAGGUCACCUUCACGGUCCACGUAAAAGAUGGAGGCACCAACCCCAAAACAGACAGCACAACUGUUACAGUUCGCUUUGUUACUGGAGGAGACUUUCCCCAUAUUAGAAUCAAGGAGAAAGCCUUCACCUUCCCAGAGAACCAACCCACAAACACUGUUGUGACUAAGGUGACUGGAUCUUCACCCAGGGCAGGUUCUUUGUCGUACUACAUUGCAAGUGGAAACCUGGAUAAUGCAUUCCACAUAGAUCAACUUUCAGGAGAGCUGUCUAUAAAAAAGUCUAUGGACUAUGAGAAUAUUGAGAAGUAUGUCUUGUGGAUAGAGGCCAGAGACCAAGGCUUUCCUCCUUAUUCAGCCUAUGAAAAAGUAGAGAUUGCAGUUCUGGAUGUUAAUGACAACCAUCCUACUUUUGAGCAAGAUCCGUUCCAUGCUGAGAUUUUAGAAAACCUCCAACCUCAACGUGUGCUGAUAGUAUCUGCAUUCGACCAGGACAGUGGACCAAAUGGGCAACUGGAAUAUGCCAUCAUUGAAGGCAACAAAGAAAACAGCUUCAGCAUCAACAGAGCAACUGGUGAAAUCCGCACAACACGACCACUUGAUCGAGAGAAGGUCGCUCAGUAUUCUUUGAGAGUGAAGGCAACGGAUAAAGGCAGUGCUCCUAAAAGCACGGCAGUCAAAGUCUUGAUCAGUGUGCUGGAUGUUAAUGAUAAUGCUCCCAGAUUCUCCAAAAUCUUCAGUGCCACUGUACCUGAAAAUGCACCAGUGGGCUUCACUGUUACCCGAGUAACCACCACCGAUGAAGACGCAGGUGCUAACGCUAUAAGCCGAUACUCCAUCAGUGAUGCAAGUCUUCCCUUCAUUAUCCACCCCAGCACAGGAGACAUCACCAUCAGUAGACCUCUAAACAGAGAGGACACAAACCACUAUAUUGCCAAAGUCUCAGCACACGAUUCAGGAUGGACUGUUAGCACAGAUGUCACAAUUUUUGUUACAGAUGUGAAUGAUAAUGCUCCCAAAUUUACCAAGCCGUCAUAUUAUCUGGACUAUCCUGAGCUGACAGAGGUCGGAUCCAUUGUGACUCAAGUCUCUGCCACAGAUCCUGACGAGGGUUUCAAUGGAAAAAUAUUUUACUUCAUCAGAUCUCAAACAGAGUACUUCCGAAUAAAUUCCAGCUCUGGUGAGAUCUUUGUUAAACAGCAGCUCAGGUAUCAAAACUCCAGUGGCCACAGUAACAUCAAUGUAAACCGUCAUAGUUUCAUCGUCACCGCUUCAGACCGAGGCAUCAAGCCACUCAUGAGCGAAACCACAGUUAUCAUAAAUGUAGUUGACAGCAAUGAUAACCCACCCACAUUUGAAUCUUCUUUUUACUUUACUCCUGUCACUAAAAGUGUAAAGGUCGGCACCAGACUCCUCAAAGUCACAGCCCAUGAUCACAUGGACUUUGGCCUGAACUCUGAAAUAGAGUAUGCAGUAUCUGGAGGCAACAGUUCCAGCAAGUUCCGCUUGGAUAAACAAACUGGAUCGGUCACAGUAGCAUCCUCGCUUACCGCAGACACAGAUAAAGUUUACCUGCUUGAAAUAACAGCAAGUGACAAAGGGAACCCUCCUCUGUCAGCUAAGACAAAAGUCAAAGUAGCUGUUACAGAAGAGAACCAUCAUACUCCAGAGUUUUCACAGAACCAAGUAACAGUUACAGUGUCUGAAGGUCUGACUGUAGGCACAGCCAUCCGCACACUUUCAGCACGAGAUAAAGACAAGGACAAACAAAUGAAUGGCCUAGUUACGUAUAACAUCUCCUCAGGUAAUGACGAUGGCUUGUUUUCAAUUCACAGUCAAACAGGCGUUUUAUCCCUGGCAAAGCCACUGGAUUACGAAACAAAACAGAAGCAUGAACUCAGAGUUUCUGCAGCAGAUGGUGGGUGGAUUGCCAAAACAAGCUAUGUUACAGUUAAUGUCCUAGUUACUGAUAUAAAUGAUAACCCUCCUGUGUUCGACCCCGUGGAGUACUUUCCAGUCGUGCAGGAAAAUGUCCCCAGUGGCACUACUGUGGUAAAAAUGAAUGGAACUGAUAAAGACUCUGGGACAAAUGCUCUAAUGGCAUAUGUCAUUCAGUCAUCAGACAGUGACUUGUUCAUAAUUGAUCCCAACACAGGAAUCAUCACCACGCAAGGUUUUCUAGACUAUGAAGCUAAACAGGUGUAUCACCUUACCAUCAAAGCCUUCAAUGUUCCAGAUGAAGAACGAUGCAGCUUUGCAUAUGUUAACAUUCAGCUGAAAGGUGCUAAUGAAUACGUCCCUCGUUUUGUGUCAAAGCAGUACUACUUUGAGGUCUCAGAGGCAGCACCUAAAGGCACAGUCAUUGGGGAGGUGUUUGCUAGCGACAGAGACUUGGGAGAAGAUGGCAUAGUGUAUUACUUGAUUUUUGGCAGAAGCAGAAAAAGGGGUUUUAGCAUUAAUAAAAAGACAGGCCAGAUCUAUGUCUCAGGACCACUUGAUCGUGAAAAAGAAGAAAAGAUUUCUCUCAAAGUCUUAGCUAAGAAUGAAGGAAGCAUAAGAGGGGCAGAUAUUGAUGAGGUGCUUGUGAACAUCACAAUUCUGGAUGCCAACGAUCCUCCUGUAUUCACCCAGGAGCUCUAUGAUGUUCAGGUGAAUGAAGGACUAUCCCCUGGAGGCCUGGUUACAUUCGUCAGUGCUGAGGAUUCUGAUUCUGUCCCUAGCUGGAGCAGAUUCACCUAUGCCAUCGCUGCCAAAUAUGAAAAAAGUACCUUCACCAUCAACCCUCAGACAGGACAGGUGUCUGUGGCUUCAGAACUGGACCGGGAAACUGUCCCUGUGUACAACCUCACCAUCCUGGCAGUAGACUCGGGUACUCCAGCUGCCACCGGCAGUGCCAUUUUAAUUGUGACCCUGGAGGAUAUUAACGAUAAUGGACCAACUUUGGAGACUACAAGUGGGGAAGUGAUGGAGAAUCAGAGGGCAGGAACACCCGUGAUCACACUCAGCUCAAGUGAUCCAGAUCUUGCACCAAAUCAAGGACCGUUCUCAUAUAGCCUCGUUAGCACUGGAGCAGCAUCCAGCUACUUCACACUCAGUCCAACUGGAGAGCUGACCACCAGCCGGGAGGUAGACCGAGAGCAGAUAAGUGAUUUCUACCUCUCUGUGAUAAUCAAAGACUCUGGUAUUCCUCAGAUGUCAUCAACAGGAACUGUCCACAUCAAAGUCAAUGAUCAGAAUGAUAAUCCCUCAGAGUCUCGCUCCGUAGAGAUCUACGUGCAUUAUUUUGGAAAUAUGUUCCCUGGAGGAUCACUGGGGGUGGUAAAGCCACGGGAUCCAGAUACACAUGACAAAUUCCACUGUUCUCUGACUCCAUCAGCAGCUGUUCUCUUUAGCAUUACCACAGGAACCUGUGACCUCCGCUCAAACAGUCGCUCCACAGAUGGCACAUUUGAUUUAUCAGUGCGUAGCAACGAUGGUGUCCAUGAUGCUGUCAACAGCCAUGUGCGUGUUUUCUUUAUUGGAUUCAGUAAUGCCACAGUGGACAACAGCAUCCUGAUACGUGUUAUCUCUCAAAGUGCCAGUGACUUCCUUACUAAUUACUACCUCAGUUUCCUGCGCAUCGCCAAUUCACAGCUAGCUGGAUUGGGCACUGGAGUCCAAAUCUAUGGGGUGUUUGACCUAAACAACAGCACUUUCCUGAUGGCAACUGUUAAGCGUGGUCAUGGCCAGUACGUCAAUCCAAGUGGAGUCGCCACUUUCUUCCAGAGCAUCAAGGAGAUUCUUCACAGACAAAGUGGAGUUAAGAUUGACUCUGUGGACUAUGAUCCCUGCUCCCAUAAUCCAUGUCAAAAUGGGGGGAGCUGCAAGAGGCGGCUGGGUGUUGGCCCAGACAUGAAGACGGAGGAGAGUGUACCGGUCAUCCUUGUGUCAAAUCGCCCCCUACAGCCAUACGCUUGUAACUGCAGGCCAGGUUAUGCCGGUGCCCUCUGCGAGACUGACAUCGAUGAGUGCCAGCCAACACCUUGCCAUAAUGGAGGAACUUGUCACAACUUGGUCGGUGGAUUCUCUUGCUCCUGUCCAGAAGGUUUCACUGGGAUGGCUUGUGAGAGGGACAUCAACGAGUGCCUUUCAAACCCCUGCCAGAAUGGGGCACUAUGCCAGAAUUACCCAGGGGGCUUUAACUGCCUAUGCAAAUCUGGAUUUGCAGGGAAAGCCUGUGAGUCCAUCAUCAAUUACUGUGAGUGUAACCCCUGUUUUAAUGGGGGUUCCUGCCAGAACCGGGUGGAAGGCUAUUACUGUCACUGUCCUUUUGGUGUGUUUGGAAAGCACUGUGAACUGAACAGUUAUGGAUUUGAGGAGCUCUCUUACAUGGAGUUCCCCAGCCUCGACCCCAACAACAACUACAUCUACAUCAAGUUUGCCACGUUGAAGGAAAACGCCCUGCUCUUGUACAAUCAUGACAACCAGACCGGCGACAAGGCGGAGUUCCUGGCCCUCGAGAUCUUAGAAGGCAGAAUGAGGUUCUCGUUUAACUUGGGGAGUGGCACUUACAAGCUCAUGACGACCAUCAGGGUUUCAGACGGCCAGUUCCACACGGUCAUCGCCAGGAGGGCAGGAAUGGCUGCGUCUCUCACUGUUGACCUGUGUGGAGAGGAACAGGAACCAGGAUACUGUGCGGUCAGCAAUGUGGCCGUUCAUACUGACUGGAUUCUGGAUGUUCAGCCGAACCGUCUGUCUGUUGGGGGCGUUCGGUCGAUUGAAGCCCUCCUGCAUCGUCGAGGUCAGGUGGCUACACAUGACUUUGUUGGGUGCAUCAUGGAGUUUGCUGUCAAUGGACGUCCGCUGGAACCGUCUCAAGCUCUGGCUUCACACGGCAUCCUGGACAGAUGUCCCAGGUUAGAGGGCGUGUGUGUCGCCGAGCCCUGCAGACAUGGUGGGACGUGUCUGGACAUGUGGUCAUCGCAGCAGUGCCAGUGUACUGAGGGUUUCACUGGGCACACCUGUGAGAAAUACAUCACUGCAGAUACAGCUCUGUCUCUGGACGGUUCGGGUCGUUUGGACUACAGUUUGAGUCAGAGCCGCAGGAGAGAUGUGUUGUUGGCACGAGCGCUGGCGGACCCCGGCCGACCCGUCCCGGAAUACAGCAGCCUGGAGCUGAAGUUCCGCACUCGCAGUGGCUCGGGAACGCUGCUGCACGCACAGGAGAGCUCCAACUACACCACCAUCAGGCUGAAGAACGGUCUGCUGCAGUACGUGUCUGACGCCGGUGUCGCUGGUAAGGUGGAGAGGAUUGUGGGAGAUGUUGUUUUGUCUGACGGUCAGUGGCACACACUCCUGCUUCAGAGAAACGGAUCAUCCACCAUUCUGCGGAUCGACGAGUCAAGAACGAAAGUCAUUCUGCACAAUACGCAGGACUUCGGAGGGAUUGACGUACACACACUGUCUCUCGGGGGUGUCCCGACCCCAUCAGCACAACAAAAAACCAGCCCAGGUUUUGAUGGGUGUUACGCCUAUGUGAAAUAUAAUGGAGAGAUGCUCCCUUUCAGUGGUGAACACAGGACCGUCUCCAUCUCCAAGACUGAUCCCUCUGUGAAGAUCGGCUGUCGUGGCCCAAAUCUUUGUGAGAGCAGCCCUUGCUGGGACGGGCUGAUGUGUGUGAACCAGUGGUACACCUACCAGUGUGUCCCACCAGGUGACUGUGCCUCGAACCCCUGCCAGCACGGUGGCAGCUGCAUGCCCGGCGCUCGUGGAGGCUUCACCUGUGCGUGUGAGGAGUCCUACACGGGCAGAGUCUGCGAGAGCCUGGUGGCCUGUUUGGGAGUCCGGUGUCCACAGGGUAUGGAGUGUAAGCUGGGAGCCAACGGAGGAUUCACUUGUUUUCCGAGCGCCACCACCGAGGAGAUGGUUCUGCCCAUCUGGGCAGUUCCUGCAAUUGUGGGCAGCUGCGCGACUGUCUUGGCAUUGGUGGUUUUGAGUCUCAUACUGUGCAACCACUGCAAGGGCCGCAAGAAAACCAAAGUGCCAAAGGACGAGAAGAAAACAAAGGAGAAGAAGAAAAAGAAAAAGAAAGGCAGCGAGAAUGUGGCAUUCGAUGAUCCAGACAAUAUUCCGCCUUACGGAGAUGACAUGACAGUCCGGAAACAGCCAGAGGGAAACCCCAAACCUGAUAUCAUAGAGCGGGAGAAUCCUUACCUGAUCUAUGACGAAACUGACAUUGCACACAACAAUGAAACCAUUCCCAGCGCCCCCUGUGCUCCAUGUGCAGGACCAGAAGCAGACAUGGAACACUACGACAUUGACAACGCCAGCAGCAUUGCUCCAUCAGAUGCAGACAUCAUCCAGCACUACAAACACUUCCGUAGCCAUACUCCCAAGUUUUCCAUUCAGCGCCACAGUCCAUUGGGAUUUGCCCGUCAGUCCCCUCUUCCACUAGGUGCAACCAGCUACACCUACCAGCCAACCUACACCCAGGGGCUCCGCUCCACCCCUCUCAGCCAUUCAGCUUGCCCCACGCCCAAUCCCCUGUCACGUCACAGCCCAGCACCCUUCAACAAGCCACCCUCCUUCUACCGCAACACUCCCACCCGUGAACUCAACUUGGCACGCCGUGAGGGAAGCCCUCUAGAUUUCCACGGUGAUGUGUGCCAGCCUGGUAUGUUUAACUAUGCCACACGGUUGGGUAGGCGCAGCAAGAGCCCUCAGACCAUGGCGGGCCACGGCUCUCGGCCUGGGAGUCGUCUCAAACAGCCAAUCGAGCAGAUUCCAUUAGAGAGUGGCCCUCCUGUGGGGUUGUCCAUAGAGGAGGUGGAACGCCUCAACACACCUCGACCCAGGAAUCCCAGCAUCUGCAGCGCCGAUCACGGGCGCUCAUCAUCUGAGGAAGACUGCCGUCGACCGCUCUCACGUGUCCGGAACCCUGCGGAUGGCAUCCCGGCUCCGGAAUCCUCCUCUGAGAGCGACUCCCAUGACUCCUUCACCUGCUCGGAGAUGGAGUACGACCGUGAGAAAGCAGUUUCCUACAGUUCUCGCAUGCCCAAGCUCUCGCAGGUCAAUGAGUCGGACGCCGAUGAUGAGGAUCAUGGAGGGAGGAUGCGACAGAGGCGAUACUCCAGUCGACGUGCCGAGGGUGGGCCUGCCAGUGGCCACAACACACUAUCAGAGUAUCAGCACCAUACUUUACCCCACAAACUGGGCCAAGGGUCCAACAACUUCAACUGGGACAACCUACUGAACUGGGGUCCGGGGUUCACCCACUACGUGGAUGUUUUUAAAGACUUAGCACUGCUACCAGAGAACUCUGCUGCUAAAGACAUCGAAAUGAAGAGUGGCGAUGGCUCCAUCACAAUUCUGAAUGAGGGCGAAACCGAGCAGUAUGUAUGAGAAGCACUGAGACCUCAUCUCUUCGACCUCUAAGACUGUAUUCAGGAGCCAUUGCGAAACACACAAAAUUAAUUUCUGAAAUUUGAUUAAGACGAACUUAAAUGCAGAAAGGCAGAGAACUGAUUCAAAAGACGAGCACCAAAUACCCUUCACAGAGUGCAAUAAAGAAACACACUAGGGGUUGCACAGACUAGUCAUUUCGUUAGUUGAUUAUCAUUAUUGAUGUGUUAGGUUGACUAAUCAUGGAUUAUGCAAUGGUUCAUCCCAGUGUAUUUGCAUCCCAUUUUCUUUGUACAGUAUUGGCCAAUUUUAUUGGACCUAGAGCACUUUGCGCUCACAAAGCACAUUGUAAGUGAACCCCACUGGUGCUAUGUAAUGACUAAGUUCUUCUGAGUGUUGCAUUUACCAGCAGCAACAGACCGCUGAUGCUGGAUACCAUGUUAUGAGUCACUUAUGUUAAGAUAAACAGAAAUCCACACGUAAACGAAUAGUUGUGCAAUCUCUUCCGACAAACACACCAACGACUCAAAGUCUGGAAGAGGAACUGUGAGAGGUGAGGCACUACCACAAACACACAUAUGAAGUGAAUCAGUUCUAGUCCAUCUGUUCUGUCCUGUGAGUUCAGAGUGCUAAAAUAAAGUUGGCCAUAAUCAAAGGUCGUUGUGACCCUCCAGCGCUGCAGCCCUGGAGUUUGGGCUCCGUCCGUUGGGAUGAUUUUCCUUUGUGUUAGUGCCUCGACCUCUAGGAAUCACAUCCAUGAGCUCGGUGUGAAGAGCAGGGCCAUAUUUGGCUCCGGUUCUGCACACUCCAGCCAAAAUAGAAAGAAAAGCUCUGGAACCAUCCGCCAAGAAUGGGUGUUUCUCAUCCUGAAUAACUGGCUGCCGUCUAAAACAACAAAACCUCCAGAUAUGAGAUUUAUCAGGCCUCUGCCUUCUGGAUAUUUGAGGAUUUACAUUUGGGAGCACGGACACUAUGACUUUGAACGGUUGUUUGUAUUGGUGUGUUGCAGGUUUCGUACAAACACACUUGACCUGUCUAACGCAAUGCCCACCUGCUACGAGACUAUGAACUUGUGUACAUUUUGUAUUAAUGUGGAAGCUCUUGGAAGUCAAUGUUCUCUGUGGUUUUGUGGUUUUUGUUGUUGUUUUAUUUUGUUCAGUGUUUUUAAAAUGUACUGUUUCUACUUUUUUUUUACUGUUUAUUAACUUAAAGGUUCGUUUUUAUGAAUAUUUUUCAUAUGCUGGAAAUGAGGUUCUUACUUUCAGCGGAAGUAAAAUUGAACUUCUUUUUUUUUUUUUUUUACAUUUGUUACUUAUGUAACAUCAGUAUUUUCCACUAUUUUGAUAAAACUAUAACACAAUGUCUGAUUUAUACGUGUAAAAGCCAAUAACAGAAUAAAAAAAUAUUUAUUUAAAAAACUCAAUUUUGGUUUUGAUGUGAUGAGACUAAACUGAUUGAAAGCAAGGGAAUUAAAAAAAAAGCUUCAAUGCAUUUCACUAUGAAAAGCUGCUUUUUUAGACAGAAA